CCCGUCCUCAUCGUGGGUCACCACAUCCUCUACGGGAAGGUGGUGCAGCUGGAGAAGCCCUUUGCUGUACUGGUGAAGCGGGGAGCUGAGGAGCCGGGCCCCACAGGGCCAGAUACAUGUUACACCAUCACUGCCCUCAUCAAAACCAAGCUCCUCUUCAAAACCCGUCCCAAGCCCAUCAUCACCAACGUACCCAAGAAGGUGUGA